UUAUUGAUUUACAUAUAUAUAUGUAUAUAUCUGAUAUAUAUAUAUAAUUUAUAUACUGUGUAUAGUUUACUAAGACUCAGUUGUAAGCAAUUUUUAUCUAGGUUUGUUUUCUUUUGUUCGAUGUAUAGGCCUAGGUAAAACAUAUACCGUAUAUAUAUACUGUAUAUAUAUAGCAUUAAUAUUUUGAAUUUUAUUCAAGAAAGUUGAAUAGCUUUUUUUACUUAUUUUUUUAUUUCGUUCAAUUCUUGUUUUUUUAUUCCUUUUUACUGAAAUUUUACUUUUCUCGUUUCAUUUGCAAAACUUGAUCUUUGAAGAUAAAAAAGAAAAAAAAACAACGACGUAUAAAGAAAGGAAUGAAAUCUUCUUAAUUAAUUAAUUAGUUAAUUAUUUAUUAUUAUUGAUCAAUUACAGAUUAUUUCGCAAUGAAGAUUAAUCUAAUUUAUUGUAAUGGUAAAAAAGAUUUAUAUUUAAUCCAUCUUUCAUAUUUUUUAAUAUACAGAAACUCUACGGGAAGGGUUCGCUAACCCCAAGUAGUAAUUUAUUUUUAAUGUAGGCGGCGCUUUAAUUCCUUUUAUGUUAAAUUUAGCCUAUCUGUUGUUAGAAUCUGUUGUUAUAAAGAUUGUCCAUUAUAGAGAGUAGUUAUAUAUAAAUUUUGGGAAUAUAUAAAGAUUGAAGAGAAGUUACACUUGAGAUAUGUAUUCGUUCCUCUCUGCUCUUCUAACGCCUUACACGGCAAUUAGUAUUACUUUUCUUAUUAUAUUGAAAGAAUUUUACUUUUCGAGAAGAACAAACGCUCCUAAAUGUCCAAAAUUAGCGUUUCCAAUUGUUGGUCAUGCGCCAUACGUCCAAUUUAAAAGAUUUCAUCGCCAAUUAACGGAAUGGGGGAAUAACUUCAAAAAAACAGGAAUUUAUCAAAUAAACAUCUUUGGCGAGACAAGUGUAGUUGUAUCCAGUUAUGAAGCAAUCAAAGAGGUUUUAAUAACAAAGUCUGACGAACUUGGCGGAAGGGCUAAACUAUUAAGAACCAGUUUAACAACAAGAGGAGGUAAAGAUGUAGCCUUUGAUAAUUUUGGCCAUAGGUUUAUCCAGAAAAAGAAAUUAUUAAUGAAAUCGAUUAAAGUUCACGAUCAAAAGAAUAUUGAACUUGAACAGGUCACCCUAGAUGUCCUUGAAGAUUAUAGUCGAAGAGUGCUCGAUAAAAAUGAAAUAAUCGAUUUCCAUGAAUUUUCAAUUAAUCUUAUGUUUGAUAUAAUAAUGGCUAUUUUGGUUGGACAUCGAGUAAAUAUUCAUGAUCAAAGACUUCAAGAACUUAAGGAAUCUUACGCAACAAUUAAUAAAUGCUUCCUUAAUCAAAAAUUAGCCAUAUAUGAUUUAUUUCCAUGGUUAACCUACUUUUAUCAAAGUAAGGAAUACAAAGAGAUGAAACAGGCUAUCAAAAAUAGAGAUGCUAAUCUCUCAUCCUUUCUUAAGGAAGUUAGAGAAGAGCAAUUGGGUAAUAUCUUAGGAGAACAGGGCUUAUAUGAUAAGUUCUUACAAGAACAAAGAAAGCAGGAGAGAGACAAUAAGCUAGACGAUGAUGAAUGUUUCAUGUUAGCCAUGGAGACUAUCUUGGCCGGUUAUACAACGUCCUCCGUUAGUAUCAUGAUGAUCUUCGCUCUCCUCAUGAAACAUCCCAGGGUUCUUAAUAAGCUUAUAAACGAAAUAGAAACAACUAUGGGCUUUAACGAACCAAUUAAUUAUUUAAAAAAGAAUAACAUGCCCUAUUUAGAAGCAACAAUUUGGGAAAGCCUAAGAUUUAUUCGUCACGUUAAUCCUAUACCUCACUCAGCUAUGAUUGAUAGCACUAUACAGGGUUAUUUCAUUAAGAAAGGCACGCAAAUUAUAAUUAAUACUCGAGACCUUCAUCAUAAUGAGGAACUUUGGGGUGAUCCAUCCAACUUUCGACCCGAGAGAUUUUUCAGAGAAGAUGGCACUUUAAUGGCACCAGAUGAAGGAUGCAGAAAAUACCUAUUCGUUUUUGGAGGUGGACGAAGAGUAUGCCCUGGAAAAGGUCUAGCCCAGCAGAGAAUGUUUAUUACCAUUAUUUAUUUAUUACAAAGAUAUAAAUUUGAAUAUGUAAAAGAUUUGAACGAUGAAAAUUACAUAUACAACUCAAACGAAUGGGAUUUCGAUAUAGUGCUUCACCCAGAUCAAUUUUUUGUCAAAGUUUCUCGAAGAUAGAAUAAAACUAUUAAUAAAAACCCUCAGUGAAGGAUAAUUUCUUACAUACCUAUCUUAGAAAUUAUAUAAUAGAUAGUAUAAAUACACAAUCGAACUUUUCUCUUUUUAACAUUAAAUUUCUAAAGUUAGGGUUAAAGUCUAAAAUGCAUUGAAAUUGCCUAUUCUUUUUCUAAUAUAUACGAAAAUAAGUUUGUUCUAUUAGUGUAAA